CACACUUUGUUGUUCGAUGUGGUAUUUAGUACAAUGCGAUCAUUCGUGGGAGAAGCACUCACUAUUGCGAUUCUGGUGUUUGUUUUGCAAUCACGUGAAAUAGGCGCUAUUGGCGAUAGUGAAAAUGAGCGAAUAAUCACGAAAACUGCUCUAGGUGAAAUCGCGGGUGUUACGUUGAAGAGUCGUUCCGGUAGUAAUUACUACGCAUUCCGUGGGAUACGCUAUGCAAAGCCACCAAUUGGAAAGCUACGAUUUCAGGCACCAGAAACUAUUGAUCCAUGGACGGAGAUCUACGAUGCUACGCAAGAUGGGCCACAGUGUCCUCAACCGAAAAUUACGGAUACCGUUCGUGAAUCUGAAGAUUGCCUAAUGUUGAACAUCUACACGAAGGAAUUAUCGAAGAAUGGCACAGUUCCAACCGAUCUGAAGCCAGUUCUUUUCUACAUACACCCUGGAGGAUUUUAUGCUUCUUCAGGGUUAAGUGCAUUGUUCAAUGCUGAUUAUUUAAUGGAUCAUGAUGUUGUGUUGGUAACGAUCAAUUAUAGACUCGGUUCAUUGGGAUACAUGAGCACUGGUACUAAAGACAGCCCAGGAAAUGCAGGAUUUAAGGAUCAAGUGGAAGCAUUAAAAUUUGUCCGAGAUCACAUUUCCGCCUUUGGCGGGAAUCCGAAUUCCGUAACCGCUUUGGGGUAUAGUGCUGGUGCUCUCAGCAUCACCCUUCACAUGGUAUCACCAAUGUCUCAAGGAUUAUUUCACCGGGCAAUAGUAAUGAGUGCUUCAGCUACGGGUCAGUGGUCUCCACCGCAACACCAGCUAGAGCUUGCAGAAAAACAGGCGCGUCUCUUCAACUGCACAACAGCUACACCACAUGAAAUGGUGAUGUGUCUUCAGAAUGUUGAUGCCUUGGAAAUGGGCAGAAGACUACCGGAAAUGUUUGAAUGGGGCAAAGGGAAUCCCGUCUUACUAUGGAAACCAGUAAUUGAACCAGAUUUCGGACAGGAACGCUUCCUUACGGAGGAUCCAACUAUUUCCUAUUUAGAAGGACGAUAUAUGAAAGUUCCUGUUAUUACGGGAAUAACAAAGGAUGAAUUUGUAACUCUUGCUCAUGGUGUCUUAAGCAAUGAUACACUUAAAUACGAAUUUGAUGCAAAAUUCAAUGAACUUGCACCGAUAUGUUUUCUAUAUGAAAGAAAUACAGAAAAGUCCAAAAGAAUAAGUCAGACUUUGCGGAAAAAAUAUGUAAAUUUUCCUCUAAUUAGCGAAACAAGAUUACCACAGCUAGGAGAGCUUUUUUCCGACAGUACAAUCGGGUUCAGUGUCCAUAGAUUUGCAGAAUUAGCCUCACGACACUCCAAGGUUUUCUACUAUAAACAUACCUUCCGUGGUCGUUACAGCUUCUUCUAUUAUCCCGAAAGUAAACCCUAUGGUGUGGUACACCACGAUGACUUGUUAUACUUGUUUGGGGUUCCUUUAUUAGCACCGACAUUUGGUCAGAACGACCCUGAAAAUCUUAAUGUGGAGCGUAUGACGAGAAUGUGGACAACUUUUGCGGAAAAAGGGAAUCCAAAUGAUCCCACCGAUGAGUACUUGAAGGUACUAAAGUGGACACCUUAUUCACCACUUUUGGAUAAUUAUCUCGAAAUUGGGAAUGAAGAAAAUUUUGCAAUGAAACAAGGAUUGUAUGCUGACCGGUAUAGCAUUUGGGAUGAAUUAUUUCCACUUCCGGUUACAAAUAAAUCACAACAUUUGUAAAGAGAUUUUUUAAUGUUUUUGGAUGAUCAUUAAAAGAAAGUACUUACACAA